AGUUGAUCGAUAAUUCAAAUAUUAGUUCACAAUGUCUCCUCAAAAUUCAUACAUCCUAAUAUUUUUAUGUUGUUGUUCUUCUAUUCUGACAAAUUCGGCGGUUCCAUUGAGUGAUUGGGAUUUAAAUGAUAGUGCCAUAGCGGAAGUUUUUAGAAAACCACGAUCAACAUUUGAAAAGAAAGGCGGUAAAGAGUAUAAUACCAAUUACUACGAUGAGGAAGGUGAAAAGGACAAACAUGGUCAUAAAAACCAGCAUCACUUAGAGAAAGUGGAACAUUCUAAGCAUGGAGAAGAAAACAAAGGUGGUCACCACGAUGAGAAAGGUGGUCAUGAAAAAGGGUAUCAUGAUGAAGCUCAACAUCAUAAGAAGCACCACGAAGGUAAGAAAUCACAUAAGGCCGGAAAGUUUGCUGAAAAGAAGGGACACAAAAAAGGACACAAAACUAAAGGAUAUCAUCAUAAAUUCAUAAGGGACGAAUAUCACAAAGAACACAAAUUUUAUGAUGAUUUCCAUAAGAGUGGACAUCACGAUAAACAUGGAGAUCAGCAUUCUCAUUAUGAAAAAGAGGAUGGUGGACAUAAGAAACAUGGUACAUACCAUUCCGGACACAAACAAAGUGAAAAUGGUAAAAAGGGUCUGGAACAUAAAGGCAAGAAUAUAGAAGAUCACAGAAAAUACAAGAAGAGUCAAGGUCAUAAGUCGCAUCACUCCAAACAUAGCGAUUACGGCAAACAGAAAUCGAAUAAAGGUGGUAAAAAGUACAAAUAUCAUCAGGGAAAUUGAGAACCAUCGAAACCAUCUCAAUAUAACUGAUAAGGGAGCCGAAACAAAACAUUACAUUUUAUUGUCAUUGUAAAUGCUUGAAAUUAUAUGGAAUGUAAUACUUUUUCGCCAUUUCAAACGAUUGAAUGCCAUAAAUUUUUUAUCGCUGUAUAAUAUGCAUCUGAUUUCAAUAAAAUUGUUUUAUUUUUAUA